CCCAAAAUGGCGGCGCCCAUGCUGAGACCUUUGAGGCAGCGAGGUUGGGGCUUGUUCAACAGAGGAAAGUAUUUCUUGGGCGUAGAGCCCCGGAGAGAGAUCAAUUUUAAACUAGAUGAAAGAACAGCCCACAGCAGUUUGGAUCUAUUAAAAAAGAAUACCGGUGUUGUUUACCGCAUGGUUGGGAUUGACCCCACCAAAGUUCCUCAGAACCUCGAACGCUUCCGGGAUUGGGCUGUUGUACUGGGUGAUACCACUGUGUCCAGUGGACGUCAUUACUGGGAAGUGACCGUCAAACGGUCACAGCAGUUUCGCAUUGGAGUGGCUGAUCUGGAUAUCCCCCGGGAAGGCUGCAUUGGAGUGGAUGAUCGCUCUUGGGUCUUUGCCUUUGCUCACCGGAAGUGGAGUGCCAUGUUUGCCAAUGAGACCACACCCAUCAGUAACAUUGGCCACCCAGAGAGAGUGGGUUUGCUGUUGGACUAUGACAACAAAAACCUCAGCUUGGUUAAUGUAAGCACACUUAAACUCAUCCAUAGCAUGCCUGCUGAGUUCCAGGGCCCUGUGGUACCUGCUUUUGCCCUCUGGGAUGGCGAGUUGCUAACGCAUUCAGGCCUUGAGGUACCUGAGAAGCUUAUUGGGAACUGAAAAACCUCUGAAGCCCUGUGACAUUUGUUCAAAUGGAAUUCUUCUCUUGGAAGAUCAGACUAUUCAGAGCAGGGAAAAGGGAACUUCUUCUCAAUAUCUUGCUGUAUUUCCAACUGUUGAUUUUCACUGCCCACACUGCUGAGUGUUACACAAAGAAAAGUCCUUUGGAUCACAAGUUGCAAUCUUUCCCAGUUUUGAAGUGAAAUGAGAUUUCACUUAAAUGCUCAGUGACAGGACCACAUGUCAGCUUUCUGCCUCUGCUCUCCUAUCUCCUUUGGUCCAUGAAAUUUGCUGUCUACAGAAUCAGGACACAUUUGAUUUGAUUUAACUCUCAGGGGUUUAUGUACACAGGAAAAUGUGCUUGGAUGAAGGCUGGCCCGUGAUUGUUUGAAAGAAUCUGUUUGUUUCAAGACAGGCAUUAUGAACAGCAUUAUGAGCCACAUCCUUUGAUGCCUGUAUCCCAGGCACCAGACCUUCUGUUGAGUGCCCCCUCGUUGGUUGUGAACAGCAACUGAGCAAGACACCUGCUCGUGGGUAUGCCUGAAGCAAGGACAUUUCCUAUACGAUAAUCUUCUUGUACAUAAUAAAUCUUCUUGUACAUAAUGUACAGCCACCAUUGCCCCCUGCUGGCCCAGUGGGAGGACAGCCAAGCCUUUAUUUAGGCAGAUGACAGAUCACUACUGCCAUUCUCCGUGGUGCACAUUAUCAGUUUUGUCAGAAUUGCUUUAUUAACACAGCCCUAAGGAUCCCAUCUCUGUCCACUGUUGUUCUAGCAAGAGCCUAUAUCUAAUCCCCCCUUUUACCCAGAGAUCUGUAUUUAGUGCCUCAGUACUAACAGAAUAGGUGUCAAACCCAUUUACAUCUGCUGACUCUUUUAAACCUCUGUGAGUUUUUUAUGUGAUGUUAAAAAUAAUUCCUGUGUAAUCAAGAAAUAGCCCUUCGUUAGCUCUUCCUAAGAGAGCAGAAGGCAGCUAUGUUACUUUGCCACAGUUGCUCUGCUCACGCUUCUCUAACAAGGAAUCUAGUUGACACAUUCUCUGGAGAAUAGCCUCCUCUUCUCUCUGUGUGUGUGGGUCCAGCUAAAACAAUCAAUAAAAGUGCAUUUAUUUAAA